GUUAGUAUUGAAAGAGUCAGUCGCAAAUGAGAUUUACCACAAGUAAGAUGGAAUCUGGUGAUUUAUUCAAUCCUGAUAUUAGAGUGAAAGAAGAGGCUCGUGAUGACCCUCUCAAUGAUGAUGACGGUUAUAAAAUAAUUGACACGACACUUGCAGUUCCUCAAAAUGUUAAAUACGAGAGGUCUUGGCAUGAAAAUUCAACCCAAGGGCUUCAAGAAUAUGGUGAAAAUCAUGAGAAUGAACUUGACGACAUUCAAAUCGAGUUGGAAUGUACAGACAUGAAGCCCAAUUUAUUGGCCGUAGCGAAAAUUGAAGAUUUCUCUCCAAAUCACUGGCAAGAUAACAAUGAUUACAAAACUGGAAGCAAAAUUAAAUUAGAAAAUAUCGGGACAGUGAAGAAAGAAAUUUUAAGCGAAGAAGCCACUGUAUUCAAUUUCGGACGUGGACUCAACGAAAAAAAUGAGAAAGAAUGUGUUGGAAAGUCGAACUAUAAGAAGAGUCUCAAAUCACACGUGGGUAUGGUUCGAAGUGGUGUCAAACAUGCAUGCGAUAUAUGCCAAAAGACAUUCUCAGAAAAGAGUAAUCUGAAAAAACACAUGGAUUCGGUGCAUCAUAAAAUAAGGCAUGCAUGCCAUACAUGCCAAAAGACAUUCUCACACAAGAGUAAUCUUAGAAAUCACAUCGAUUCGGUGCAUAAUGGAAUUUCACAUACGUGCAAUAUAUGCCCAAAGACAUACUCGGACAAAAGAAGUCUCAAAAAACACAUCGAUUCGGUGCACAAUCGAGUCCGACACGAAUGCGAUAUUUGCGGAAAGAUUUUUAAACUGAAGGAAAAUCUCAAAAAACACGUCGAUUCGCUACAUAAUGGUAUCACAUAUUCGUGUGAUAUUUGCGGGAAGACAUUCGCACUAAAGAGCAGUCUUAAAAAACACAUCGAAUCGGUACAUAAUGGCAUUUCACAUGCAUGUGAUAUUUGCGAAAAGACAUUCACACAAAAGGGUCAUCUCAAAAUCCACAUCGAUGCGGUGCAUAAUGGUAUCACAUAUUCGUGUGAUAUUUGCGGGAAGACAUUCGCACAGAAGAGUCAUCUCAAAAUCCACAUCGAUUCGGUGCAUUAUGUGGUCAGACAUGCGUGUGGUAUAUGCCAAAAAAAAUUCUCACACAAAGUUAGUCUCAAAAAACACAUCGAUUCGGUGCAUAAUGGCAUUUCACAUGCAUGUGAUAUUUGCGAAAAGAUAUUCACACAGAAGAGUCAUCUCAAAAUCCAUAUCGAUAUGGUGCACCGUAAAAUCACUCAUCCAUGUGAUAAAUGCCAAAAGACAUUCUCAGGCAAGAAUGGUCUCACCAAACACAUCGAUUCGGUGCACAAUCGAGUCCGACACGAAUGCGAUAUUUGCGGAAAGAUUUUUAAACUGAAGGAAUAUCUCAAAAAACACAUCGAUUCGCUACAUAAUGGUGUUAGACUUGCAUGUGAUAUAUGUAAAAGGACAUUCUCAACCAAAAGUAAUCUCAAGAAUCACAUCGAUUCGGUGCAUAAUGAUGUCAUCCAUUCGUGCAAAACCUGCGGAAAGACAUUCAGAUGGAAAAGAAGUGUUAAAGCUCAUAUCGACAUGGCGCAUAACUCGCGCAAUCAGAUUUAAUAAAUAUAUAUUAUUCAUGUUCAAAUGAAAUGAAAAUUUUGAUGUACGAUUCAGUGUAAUUGUUCGGAAGACUGAAUUGAAAAAAUUUCGAUACCUUGUAGAAGGAUUUUUGAAGAAUACUGAAUCGAUUCUCUCCAAAGUUUUACCAUAAAAUAUUAAUAACUACAUUUACAGCGUAUAGGUAUAGGAUGUUUUUCGAAAUUUUGAUUUAAAAUUUUUUUUAGAAAAACGUUGGAAAACAUUUUUCCACCAUUUUGUUACUUUUGCAAUUAUCAAAAAUCAUCCUAUUAAUGCUAUAGUUACAGUCAUUAAAGGUGAACAGUAAAAAUUCGGAGAGUAUAGGUUCAGUGGAUUUCAAAAUUUCUUCAACGGGCCAUGCCUCUCUUAUUUAUUCAAACAUUUUUUGAUUAACCGUAGAAUUCUUGCAAAUUCAUAGGUAUGAAUAAAAUAAAUGGUUUUAUGUAGCUCAA